AUGUCAAAUCAAAAUGCUCCCAUGACCAUUAAAGAACCGCCACUGAAAUUUUGUUCAUCGCCUCUGCCCCCAACAAACCAGCCAUAUGGAAAUAACAACCGCACCACCACCAAUUCUCAAUUUUCUGGAUUACAACAAUUGAGAAUUUUGCGUCAUCUAAUUAAGGAAUGUGAAAAUUCGUCAUCAAAUUCAACGGCAACAACAAAAACAUGGCAAUGUCUGAAGGUCACAAGUUUAUAUUUAUUUGAUGACGUCACAUCACGAGAUGUGGUGCCAGUUUGGAGAGGUGUUCGAUUUGUACGUCUGUCGUCGCCAUCAGCCAAAUCUAAUUAUGAUGCUGAUGUUCAUCAAAAUGAUUUUAGUGAAUUUUGGAAACGCAAGGAUACCCAAUAUCUGACAUGGUUUGAUCGUUUGGCACUAAGUUUUACUCGACUGUUGUGGACACAUAAAUUGGAAAUCGAUUUAAAGGAGGUGUUGGAUGCGUACAUGGAGUAUCGGAAAGAAAAUGGUAAUUCCAAUUCAUCAGAUCCCGUUGGUACGGCAAGACAUCGUCGUCAUCGUUACAAUAUGAUGUUGACCAUGAUGUUUGGCGUCACCGCAUUUGGAGCUGUACUCGUGCCCAUGGGCUUCCAACUACUAUCCGUUGUGAGCGGUAAAGCUUUACUUUUGGCAAAAAUGGCAUUACUCCUGGCCUCGAUAAAUGGCCUGAAACGAGUGGCCAACAGUGGCCUUCACUAUGGACUCUAUCAUGUACCCGGUGAGCAUUAUGGUGGCUACUACGAUCGUGGAGAUGUACAUCAUCCAAGAAAUGUACAAAACCUUUUGACACCGCACAAUCAAAUGAGGGCUGCUGUGCCGCUGGAAGUGGGUAUUAGUGUUAAGUGA